UUGAUGGGAUUUGCUGCGUAUUUUGAAGCGCAGCUAUACGGAUCGUGUUGGAUCAGCACAAAUCCUUUAACGCAUACGCCUUCGAUGGUUAGCUGGUUUCCUGCAUUGAUACCGUUGAGAAAUCUGGUGAGAUUGUUACCGGGCGAUAAGAUUCAAUUUCACAUCGAUCGAAAAAUAGACACGGGCGGCGUUUGGUACGAAUGGUUCGUAGAAUAUAAGGAAUGCGUACGUUGA